AUGAACGAGACUCGUGAAAAAUUACUCGAAAAACUACAUUUUGUAUUUCUCAUUGAUGAAAUUACUACCUAUUUUUCAACAAUUGUAUGUAUUACAGGUAAGAAAAAAGAAAAAAAGAGAACUGAUUUAAAGUUUUGUUUUCAGGAAUCAUAAUGAAUUCGAUUUUGAUUUACCUGAUUCUCAAGAAAACUCCUCUUUCUAUGAAAUCCUAUUCCGUGUUUCUGUUUAAUUUUGCAAUUUUUGAUCUGGCUACGUGUAUUAUCGCAUUUUUUGCAUGUCAGAAGUAAGUUUACAGUAAUUUCCUCAAAUCAAAAGCAAAUAAAAUAUUCAGAACUAUGUUUUGUAAAUACAGUCUUAUUUAUAUUUUUCAUGGACCUUGUAAAUAUAUUUCUCCAUGGUUUUGUUAUUUUUGUCAUGUUUUCGAAUGUCAUACUCUUGCACAUUCUCAAUGGAUUUUAUUAGCCUCAUUUAUUUAUCGAUAUUUUGUGGUUGUUGGUAAAAAUCCUGGUGUGAAGAAUAAUAUAUUAUUAUCAAUUUCUCUUUAUUCAAUGUCUUUUGUAUUACUAAUUACAUAUUUGUUGGAUAUUGAAGAUUCCAAAACUCUUUGGAAGAUUUUAACAGAAUCAUAUGAAUAUUAUCAUUAUGACGACAAGUUGAUUUGGGGAGAUUUGACAAUAAGUGGAAACCUAUCAUUUUAUUCACCAUUCACAUUUGGUGCCAUUCUUUAUAUGACGAUUCCAUGUUUUCCAAUUUAUAUCACAAUUUUGUAUUGCCGUCAUCGAACUUUGAAAAUUCUGAGUAAUCCAUCUCUGAAUAUUUCGGAUAAUACGAAAUUUGCUCAUCGAAAGUUGAUCACGGUGAACUCUCAAACAUCUCUAUAAAUUUCAAAAUUGUUAUGGUUUUUAGGCAUUGACAAUUCAAGCAGUUAUUCCAAUUUUUUGGUUAACUGGCGCAUGUUUCUUUGUGCUGGCACAGUAUGGAAUUAUAUCAAAUCCAAUUCAAGAAACUAUGACAUUUCGAUUUAUGGAUUGUCUUCCAAUGUCUUCCCCAAUAUUUUCAAUUGUUUUUAUUUCUCCAUAUCGACAAGGAUUUGUGGAGAUUCUCAAAAAAGCAAAAUUUCCGAUGUUCAUGGGACAAGUUGGAAUAAGUACUGUAGAUGUGAGCAAUUUUAAAGAUGUAAGAAUCGUUGUAUUAUAAAUGAUUAUUGUAGACAACCACUGUAAGACGACUUGAUGAAGCGACCGCAUUCUAUACUCCCGUAUCUGAACGCUUAUGA